GCGGCGGACGUGGACACGCGCGCGCACGUGGCGCGAUCCCGCGGCCGGUCUCCAGCCCGCGCAAGUGCGCGGCCCCGCGCUGACUCGGCCGGGAAGAUGGUGGCCAAGCUCCGGGCUAGGAAGCUGGCGCGGCGGUACCGGGCGGCGGCAGCGGCCGCCUUGGCUAUCCUGGCCGUGCAGGCGCUGGCCGUGUGGAGCUUCAGCGGCCUGGAGGCGGAGGACAAGACAGGGAGGGAUAAGAGGACCAAACUACCUGACAGCAAUGAGGUGGACAGUUCUGACAGCCGACACCUGGGGCCCAGCCGACGGCACAGUGCAGGCAGACAGGCUGUGGAGCGUCCGAGCAGCACAGCCAGUGUACUGAGGACUAGUUUACUGAGGCGGAAACCUGCAGUGCGGCACAGGGUUGGUCCAAGAAUCCACUUCAGCAACGUUAUUCAGAGCAAUCUCUCCAGCAGCAGAAACGUCAGUGAUGUAAAAGGAGACUCAAAGAACAAUGAUGUUGGCAGCGUAGAAGGAGCCUCUCAGCCCACCAGCAAUGACUUCUCUCCAAACUGUGAUGUUGUAGGGAAGGAUGCCUUGUCUGCAUUGUCCAGGGCGACCACUCAGUCGUGCCAACAAGAGAUCGCCAAUGUGGUCUGCUUACACCAGGCUGAGAAACUGAUGCCACACUCUGUACCUCGUUCCUGUCGCCUCUCAGGGAAACCGAACAGCAUCAUCCAUUGGGAAGAUGGCAGUGUGGAUCUAACAUCCAUCCAAAAUCCGAUUAGAAUUGCAUACGUCCUUGUCGUUCAUGGCAGAGCCAUCAGGCAGCUUAAGCGGAUGAUCAAAGCCAUCUAUCACCAGCGCCACUUCUACUACAUCCAUGUUGACAAGCGUUCUAACUAUUUGCACAGAGAGGUUAUGCAACUGGCACAGCAAUACCCAAACGUCCGUGUAACUCCAUGGCGGAUGGUCACAAUAUGGGGAGGGGCAAGCCUACUGAAGAUGUACCUGAACUGCAUGAAGGAUCUACUGGAAAUGACUGACUGGCACUGGGACUAUUUCAUUAACUUGAGUGCCACCGACUACCCCACCAGGACAAAUGAUGAGCUGAUGGGAUUCCUCUCCAAGUACAGAGGGAAGAACUUCCUGAAAUCACACGGCAGGGAUAAUGCCAGGUUUAUCAAGAAGCAGGGUUUGGACAGACUCUUCCACGAAUGUGAUAGUCACAUGUGGCGCCUUGGAGACAGGCAAAUUCCAGAGGGCAUUAUAGUGGACGGCGGUUCCGACUGGUUUGCUCUGACUCACAAGUUUAUUGAUUAUGUGGUGUACUCGCAGGAUGAGUUGGUCACACAACUGAAACAGUUCUACUGGUACACACUGCUUCCAGCUGAGUCUUUCUUCCACACUGUAUUGGAAAACAGUUUCAUGUGCGAUACAUUAGUGGAUAACAACCUACGAGUCACCAACUGGAACCGAAAGCUGGGCUGCAAGUGCCAGUACAAGCACAUUGUGGACUGGUGUGGCUGCUCACCAAAUGAUUUCAAGCCGCAAGACUUCAUAAGGCUUCAGCAAAUGACGAGACCGACAUUUUUUGCCAGGAAGUUUGAAUCAACAGUUAACCAGGAGGUGAUUGACAUCUUGGACUCGCAUCUGUAUGGAAACUACCCCCCUGGGACAGCAGCUCUCAAAGCCUACUGGGAGAACAUCUUUGAUCAGAUGGAUGGGGUGAGCAGCCUCACCAAUGCUGCAAUUACCAGCUACCUGAUUUUCUUCAAGCUGGCCCUGAGCAAAGUGCAGGCGUGGCUACAAGGAACAGACAGCUCCUGCAGGUAUGAACCUUUGGGCUAUCCUCUCUCUGUUCACCUUUACUUCUACGAUGAUCAAUUCCAAGGUUAUUUAGUGAUGCAGCAAGUUAAGAAUGUGACCACCGGGCAGAAAGAAACUCUGGAGAGCUGGGUGUCGCCUCGAACCAUGCUGCAUCUGGCAAACACUGACCCAGAACUUGGCCGACUGCAGAGCCUUGAGGUAAUCAGUCAGCACUCUCCAAGUGAAUGAGCAGACAUGGUGUUGCCAUUGAUGCAGGUCAAGAUCCUGCAUCAGGACGGAGAGGGAAGAGGGGAGAUUUCCCCUCUGUGGCAGCAUGAGGGAGGGGAGGGACAUAGGCUGGAGGAUGAAAGGGUGGGACCACGUGAGUGUUACAGAGAGAGUAGGCAGGUGGAAGCAGGUGGAGAUGGGAAAGGCAGACAAAGGGAGAUGGGUGAGUGUGGGAGGAGAACGCUGCUGUGUGGGUUACCAAAAACUAGUAAAGUCAACAUUCGGGCCUUUUGAUGGGCAGACUGUAAUUUUAAGCCAAUAAGUUAUUGCUUGAAACUGUGCCCUUUGCACACCUGUAUUCCCACAGUUGUCACAUAAGCUUUCCUGUUAUUGGUAUUCCAGUGACCAUUUACAAGACGUUUUACAAAAAUGUUCUGUAAUAUACUCUCCUUCAAUAAGCCUUUCUGAAUGACACAUCCUCAGACAUUUGGUGGAGUUUUCAGAAAAGUUAUUUAUUUUCUUGCACAUGUACUUCUGGUAGAUAAUAGAUUAAAAUUAUAGUGGAAGUCAAGCUCUCUAAGUAUGACAGCCUGUUUCUAUUUUUCUUAAAUGGAACCAAACGUUGACUGGUAAAACAGUAAGAGAACAUGGUCUGCCUUGAAGGAAGAGGUGGUUCAGGUACAAUUGGUACAAGUUCAGAUGAGGGACAAAGAAAGAACAAAAAAAAUCCCCGCAAGCCCAACCCCUCCGUGCCCAUCUGUCAUUCCUCGCUUUACUUCCCUAGUUGAUCCAGACACUGUUGUAACCUUUGACAACCAUCUUCACUGUC